UAUUUUUUGAAACAUGCAAAAGAAAAAAAUGACGACAGGUUUGUCGGAGGACAUUUAUUUUGAAGUAGACCGGAAGUGUCGAUAGUAGUAAACACACUCGGUAGGAGGCUCGCUUUACCGAGCUGGGGUCCCUCCUUAUUUACCCGGGUUAAACCUUAACACAGCGGCCCGGUCCAGCUCCAGGUCGACUUCCGAACCGAUUCCAGCCGAGUCCGAGUCCGAGUCCAGCAUGAACGAGACGGAGGGGCUCCGGUUCCGGCGGCUGCACAGACCGCAGGUCAUCACCGACGAGCUGCCCGAGCACCGAUACAAGGGAUCCGGCACCUACAGUGGGAAGGUGUUUCAGGUGACGCUGCUCUCUCUAGGCGGCUUCCUGCUCCUUCCUCUCCUCAUCAUCAUCCUCAUCCUGGAGUCUCCCAUCCAGCCUGAGGUCUUCAGUUUGAAGGAGCCCCCGAUGAUGAAGGGCUGCUGGGAGCCGAACCUGAAGCUCCGAGAGGCCCAGAGACUCUUUGAAGACCAGAUCACGGGACCAGAGUCCAUCACUAACAUCGGAGAUGUUUUGUUUUCUGGAACAGCUGACGGGAAAAUCGUGAAACUGGUCGGUCGAAGGAUUCACACGGUGACGAGACUCGGGAAACUUCCCUGUGGAUCCAAAGAGGAGGAGUCCAGCUGUGGGAGACCGUUGGGGAUCAGACUGGGACCCAACGGGACUCUGUUUGUCGCUGAUGCUUACCUGGGUCUGUUUGAGGUCAACCCCACCACAGGUGAAGCGACCAGGUUGGUGUCGGGGGGUCAGGUGGUCGCCGGCAGGAAGUUGUCGUUCAUUAACGACGUGGCGGUGACGCAGGACGGGAAGAAGGUGUACUUCACUGACUCCAGCAGCAGGUGGCAGCGCAGAGAUUACAUGCAGCUCAUCAUGGAGGCAACAGCUGACGGACGAGUGCUGGAGCUGGACCUGGAGACCAGGGAGCUCACGGUGGUGAUGGAAAACCUUCGAUUCCCAAACGGCAUCCAGCUGCUGCCAGAUGAGGAGUCGGUGCUGGUGGCAGAGACCACCAUGGCCCGGAUACGCAGAGUCCACGUGGCCGGUCUAAAUAAAGGUGGGAUGGACACCUUCAUAGACAACCUGCCCGGUUUCCCUGACAACAUCCGUCCCAGCUCCACCGGAGGUUACUGGGUCGCCAUGUCCGCGGUGCGUCCCAACCCCGGCUUCUCCAUGCUGGACUUCCUGUCCCAGAGACCCUGGAUCAAGAAACUCAUCUUCAAGCUCUUCAGUCAGGAGGUUCUGAUGAAGUUCGUCCCUCGCUACAGUUUGGUGGCGGAGCUCCACGACGGCGGCGUCUGCACACGGAGCUUCCACGACCCCAACGGCCUGGUGGCGGCGUACAUCAGCGAGGUCCACGAGCACGACGGGAGUCUGUACCUGGGCUCCUUCCGCUCGCCGUACAUCGCCAAACUCGACCUGAGCAAGGUGUAAAAAAAAAAAAAAAAGACAGACGGACGUUUGAGACGAAAGGAUGAAGUCUGAGACCAGGACCCGGAGGGACCGGGACGAGAUGACGAGGGACCCGAGCUCAGGUGUGUCAGACUGGAUCAGAUUCAUGACGCCUGUCUGACGGAUUAACGGUGGCGGUCUCCAGACGACGAACCGGACUGAACUUUGUGUUUGUGUCGCUCAGAUUUAUUAUUAUUAAUCUUUUUUUUUACAGAUUGUGGACGAAUCUCGAAGCUCAAAACUCUUUGGUACCGACGGAAACGUGUCUGACGUCAAACAUCUGGUCAGAUUGAUUACAGCUGCAACGACCAAUUACCGAUUAUUUGUUAAUUGACUAAUUGUUGCAGCUUUAAACUGAACAAGGGGCCGUUUGAACUAAACACCUUAAUUUUCGAAGUAAUGACACUUAAGGUUUAAUUUUUUUAAUUUGAUUAAAAGUUUAAUUACUUAUGGCUGUUGCACAGAAUCUCUUAAAAUUUUUACUGCAUUAAAGAAAACAGUUGAGGUAUUUACAGCAGUGAGAGAGAUUUUACAGCAGUAAAAUUCUACAGUUUCCAUGGAGACUGUUGAUUUGCUGCCAUUAGCACUUGUGAUGCCUGUGAUCUCAUCCUCCUGUGGUUUUGGCGGGAACUUCAGCAGGUGAACUUUGGUUAGUUUAACAGACUUUAAGUGAUUCCUGAAGUUUCAGACUCAGAUCAGGAGGAAGCUGAAAAAGCUCUGAGCAGCUCCGGGUUUAAAUCCUUUCUCCAGUUUCACUUUUCUUCAGACAAAGUUUUUCCUUCGUCUGAUUGUGUUUUUUUGUUUUUUUGUUUUUUUUUUACUUUUAAAUUUUUUUCUUUUGUUCAGUGAAAAAGUGAAUUUGGAGAAAAAGAAGUUUAAGUUUUAACGGCUCCAGAAUCAAACGAUGCCAGAGUCACGUUUACGUGGCGACUGAUCGUCACUCAGUGGUUAGUAAUUUCACUCAUGCUAACAUUUCCUUUUAUUAGCUCUUAGAGCUAAAUUAGCAUCAUCAGUGUUGAGCUUGUUGCUGCUGCUAUUUACUGAAGUAAGUGUCACAUUUGUCUGAGACAGAACAAAGUGGUUAAAAAAGAAAACGUUAGUGUCAUUAUUUACAGGUUUCCAUCCGCUGAAAACUACAACACCCAUGUUUCUUCUUCUGUGUUUUAUUUGAAGUGUUGAUCCAUCAGAAGAUAUAAAAACCAUCUCAGUGUAGUUUUACAUCUCCUCUCUCAGGCUUCUCUCUGCAGCUCUAGUAACAACAGGUCGGUGAGCCAAUCAGAAGAGAGGAGGCUCUGAGCCUCUCUUCUGAUUGGCUGACUGUUUUCUGACUGAUCCAAUAAAAAUGAAAAUGAAAAUGCUGUGGACUGAGGCUUUGAUACUUUCACAGUAUUAAUAUAGAAGCUAGAGCUGAUCUAUAAUCACACUACACAUGGACACACACCUUUACACUGGAGGAGAUGUAAAGUUUCACUGUCCAUGGUUCAGUUUUCAGACACAUCUGUGUUAUUUGGCAUCUUUAGCAUCUUUAGCAUCUUUAGCAUCUUUAGCAUCAGGUCAGGUUUCAGUUUCAGAUGUUGAUGUGAUUUUCUGCUGCUAACAUGCUAAUGCUACCUGUUUAAAACACACAGGAUCCUGAAUGAUUCUUGAUGUGGUUUUGAAGCUGAUCCUGGUUUUUACUGAAACACAGUGAUUAAAACUCAUUUCACUACCUGCA